GAUUCGCCGCUGUCGUCAUAUUUUCUCUGAACGCCACUCUCUCUCCUCUUUGCCUCUCUCGUGCUUAUAGAUUUUGGGAGCAAGGAGGACGAUUAUCUCUCUAGUUCUCAAUCGCCGUUCUUCAUCCUCUCUUCGAUCAGCGUAAUCUCUACCGUUACACUAGAAAAUGGCUGACGGUGAAGAUAUCCAACCACUCGUCUGUGAUAAUGGAACUGGAAUGGUCAAGGCUGGAUUUGCUGGUGACGACGCUCCAAGGGCUGUAUUCCCUAGUAUUGUUGGCCGACCUAGGCACACUGGUGUUAUGGUUGGUAUGGGCCAAAAGGAUGCUUAUGUUGGAGAUGAAGCUCAAUCUAAAAGAGGUAUCCUUACUUUGAAGUAUCCUAUUGAGCAUGGUAUCGUCAGCAAUUGGGAUGAUAUGGAGAAGAUUUGGCAUCACACCUUCUACAAUGAGCUCCGUGUUGCACCAGAGGAACAUCCCGUUCUUCUAACUGAAGCUCCACUUAACCCUAAAGCGAACAGGGAGAAAAUGACACAAAUCAUGUUUGAAACAUUCAAUGUUCCAGCUAUGUAUGUCGCCAUUCAGGCUGUUCUCUCUCUGUACGCUAGUGGUCGUACAACAGGUAUUGUGCUAGAUUCUGGUGAUGGAGUUAGUCACACAGUUCCGAUUUACGAAGGAUAUGCCCUUCCCCAUGCUAUUCUCCGUCUUGACCUUGCUGGGCGUGAUCUAACCGACUCUCUAAUGAAGAUUCUGACAGAGAGAGGUUACAUGUUUACAACAACUGCCGAACGGGAAAUUGUCCGUGACAUAAAAGAGAAGCUUGCCUACGUUUCUCUUGAUUACGAGCAGGAACUGGAAACUUCAAAGAGUAGUUCAGCAAUUGAGAAGAGUUACGAAUUGCCCGACGGGCAGGUGAUUACUAUUGGAGCAGAGAGGUUCCGUUGCCCGGAGGUUCUAUUCCAGCCAUCAUUGAUCGGAAUGGAAGCUGCUGGUAUUCAUGAAACAACCUAUAAUUCGAUCAUGAAAUGUGAUGUUGAUAUCAGGAAGGAUCUGUAUGGUAACAUUGUUCUUAGUGGAGGGUCGACUAUGUUUCCUGGAAUUGCUGACCGUAUGAGUAAGGAGAUCACAGCACUUGCUCCAAGCAGCAUGAAGAUUAAGGUUGUUGCUCCACCUGAGAGGAAAUACAGUGUUUGGAUCGGAGGAUCUAUUUUAGCUUCCCUCAGUACCUUCCAACAGAUGUGGAUCUCCAAAUCAGAGUAUGAUGAGUCUGGUCCUGCAAUUGUUCACAGGAAAUGCUUCUAAGUUUGAGUUUUCUUCACAUCAUUACUUGCUUCCUCUUUUAAGGCCAAAAAUCAGAAUGUUGUAUGAUCGGUCAAGUCUUCACGGGUUUGUUGCUAUAGAGUUUCUCACCAGUGUAUGUCUUGGCCAUAUGGGUUUUUUAUCAUAUUUCAGAAGAGGGGCAAAAUGGGUUUUUUUAUUUUAUUUUAUGUUAGUGUUAAGGGCUUGUGUUUUUUUGAGGAUUUGUGGACAUAAUAAUAGAUAAUAUGCAUUUGGAUGAUUGAGAAUUGGUCUGUAGUGUGUGGUUUGACUUGCAGUUGUGAAGCAAGGAAACAUCUAUUGUAAUUUGGUUGCUUUUAGGUUCUUGUUUUCCCUGGUCUUAUUAUUAUGUGAUAUUUAUUCUAAGACAGUAUUUUUUUUGUGCC